AUGAUAAAGAAUAUUAUAGAAGCUAUUUGCAAAUUUCUUAAUGGACAUCGGUGCCUUGGUGUUUUCGUUCUUCUUGCGCUGAAUUACUACCAGAUAAAGAAAAUCGCGACUUCAUUAAAUUCAGCUUAUUGCCCAUCUAAGACUAAAGCAGAAAGACAAUAUGCAGCAUCGCCUUCUCAAGUCGAAACAACAACGAUGCCAGGAGACGUUUUCAAUACAACUUCAACCGCGCUUGAAUCAGCUGAAUUCUGCCUCGACGAACAUAUCGAAUAUCAAGGAAAGCUAAACAUUUCUUUCAAUCACCUUCCCCUCUCAUUCGAAGAAAUUGCCAAACGCGAGGGUCCCGAUGAAACUGGCCUGUUUGAGCCAAAAACGUGCACGCCGCCGAAAAAUUCAAGAGUGGCGAUUAUUAUUCCAUUCAGGGAUGAAACCAAGGCAUUGAUUAGAACGAGGCAUUUGCAAUAUUUAUUGGAACACAUGAUAUCAGUACUCAAACGCCAACAGUUACAUUUUCGCUUCUACAUCAUAAAUCAAAUCUCUGGUUCACCAUUCAAUCGCGCAAAACUUCUCAAUGUUGGAUACAAAGAGGCUAUAAAAGACGACCCAACGAUGGACUGUUUCGUCUUUCACGAUGUUGAUCUUGUUUUGGAAGAUGACAGAUGCCUUUAUUCUUGCGAUGGAAAUCCCAAUCAUUAUUCGGUAGCGAUUGAUAAGUUUAGGUAUAGAAUUCCCUAUAAGAAGAUAUUUGGUGGAAUUGUGCAGUUGGAUAGAAAAAUGUUCAAAGCUGUCAAUGGAUUCAGCAAUGAAUUCUGGGGCUGGGGAGGUGAAGACGACGACAUGUACCGCCGAGUCGUUAUGGGCGAAAACUUCAAAAUACACCGAAAACCGCCAGAGUUCGCUCGCUACAAAAUGAUAGAACACAAGCGCGACUCUGGAAAUCGCAAAAAUCUUGAGCGUCGGCCAAUGGUUAAUCGCUGGAAUUUCAAGGCGCUCAUUGAAAAACGAUUUUGGCAGCUUGAUGGACUAAAUAGUUUGGAAUACAAUGUUGUUGCGAAGGAAGUUAACCACUGUUUUGUGAAUGUAACUGUUGACUUGCUGUAUGACAUCAGAAUGACUCCGGAAGAGCUUUUACUGAAUGAACUACCGGAAAUUGAUCCAAAGAAAAGGGUAGUUUCUAUAUAA